AGGUGAUGACAAUUGGAGCCCGGAAGGAGGUAGUGUUGUCUGCCGGAGCAAUACGGUCGCCCCAUCUGCUGUUGGUGUCAGGGGUCGGACCACAAGACCAUCUGCAGCGUCACGAGGUAGAGAUUGUGGCAGAUGUACCGGGAGUGGGCCAGAAUCUGCAUGACCACGUCUGUGUGCACGGCCUCAGCUGGACCACCAGGAAGGGUGUCACGUCUAGCACACUCUGGAACACCCUCAACUUUGCUUCCAUCAAGCAGUACGUUAACAACAGGGGAGGUGGUUUAGGAGACACACUAGCAGGUGUGCACGAUGCCUGGGGAAGGUGUCUAUAUGAAGGAGACCCUCUCUCUGUGCCAGACAUACAAGCGCUCUUUCUUUGCACACCUGUGCUCACACGCCAUCGAUUUUGGUAUUCUACUGUUCACCCUCAGGAUGCAACCUGCAACAAUCAAAUAAAAUCCUGGUACUUAUUUACCGAAGAUGUUAGGAAACUUUCCUUUUGUCUUGGUCCGCCGGAAAUCAAACCCAGAACCUUCCAGUUGAGCCUAAAGCUCCACCUAAUUGUUAUUGCAGAGAGCGAGUCUCAGCACCAGGCCAUGCCUCUCGGCUCGCUUCUACUGGGUUCACUGUCCUAG